UCCCCCACCCUGAAUUGUACAACAGCCAAAGCGGAAGUACUAGUCAGUCGGCGAGCGACCUUCCGACAUCACGGGUUAGCUUCUUCUUCGGCCUUGUGUAUUCUCCACACUGUUUAAAACACCACUGUCAUACUGAGAAUACCACGGGGCUUUUCUUACACUUUUUAACCAUCAUUAUUAUUUUUCAAACCAAUUAAUUAACUUGAUCAAUUCCUUCACUUUUACAUCUGUAUCAGUUUUAUCCCAUAUUUUAUUUUUUGUCUUAUUCUCAUUCGCAAUAUAAAGUGAAAACUUUUUAAUUCGAUACAAGUGUACUUCUAUCGCAUUAUUUAUUUGCAAAGAGGGAGGAAAAAUAAAUGCCUUAGUUUCAGAAAGAAAAAAGUAUCUGAGAAAAAAGGGGGAAAAAGAAGGGAAGGAGGAUUAGAAUUAUGGUCUGAUUACAAAAUAAGUAGCUACUACUAACACAAGUGGAACAACUGAUGUUUGAUCAGACUCAUAGGCAAGUGCUUUUCACGUGUACUUGUUGAGUCUUGACUUAAUGUUGUUUGCGACUUUGACAUAUUUUCUUGCUUCUCUCUUGUUUAUUUAUCUUUGCUAAUUUAUUUAUUUUAUAUCCACUAUUCCAUUUACAACAAAAUAAUCCUUAUCUUUUCAGCCACGUGGAAUAAAAAUUACAGUGGUUUGACGUAUGGUUUAGCCGCAUGUAAAACUUUGCGAUAAAAUUUCAAUGGUGUGUGUAAGUGGUAAUCUAAACGAACUAUAAAAAUAAUCAUCAUUAUAAUAAUAAAAACAAUAUAAUAAUAAUAAUAAUAAUAAUGAGCUUUGCAGUUAAUAUAGUAUUUCGUGUUGCAGCAAUUAAAAUAAAUUAAACGUGUAAUUAAAAAUAAUAUUAAUUAAAGUGGUUUCAUGACAAUCUAUCUGUUUUAUUAAAUGCAAAUAGGAUUGAAAUAGAUAAUAAACAAAGAUAAAGCGAGGAAGCAUCGAAAUCGCGGCCGGCGGUAAUCGAGUUCUCUCAAGAGAUCAACAGAAUCUCUCUCGUGAUACGUCACUUUAAUCGAUUGGCCUUUGAUAAAUUAUUUAAAAUAAUUACAAAUAUCGAUCGAAUUGGUGGUACUUCGAAUUAACACACUAGUGUGGGGUGGCCUCGGCAUCGAGCGCUUUGGCUCGAAGCGCAUCGGGCCCCGGGGCUGCGGUGGUGGGUUGCCUCGUUGGGGUAUACCCGUGCUCGUCCUCCACGGGACCCAGGGGCCCCAACUCACAUCUAUUGCCAAACGUCCCCAGUCAACAUCACGGCUGUCGUACCUGCUGUUGCCAACACAACAAUCAACCCGCAGAUCCAGUUCAUCUCCCCAAUCAGCGGUCUGCUGGUUUAUCGUUAAGGGUUGCGAGGGUGGCGUCUAUCACCUCCGUCCGUGCGACCCCCUACGCCUAUCCUCAUCAUCAAACGUUGGGACAAGAGUGCAGGUGUAGGGAGGAGACGGGCGCAGUGGCUGGAGGUGGUGCGCACAUCCUUGGCAGCCCAAUGCUAUUCGUCCCGUUUACGGUGCCCACCUUUCCGGUGACGCUUCAAGCAUCCCAUUCAACCCAUCAGACACACCAUCAAUCUUCGGACAGGACGUCUGUUUUAAACUCAGUUCAGCAGCAACUAUCACACCUGAACACCCUGAGUCAUCUUAAUCAUUUUGACCGAAAUAGAAGCAACACAACCACAACGAACCAGCCAACCGCUGACAAUAUCAGCUGCUCACCACAACUAGUGGAACAACCAACGCCAAAGGAGCAACAAAAAGAACACCAACAAAAACAACCACAACAGCAGCAGCAACAACAGGGCCGUGAGCAAGAGCAAUCACAACAGUUACUACAAGUCAUAACUCCAAAUAAGGACAUGAAAGUCAAUUGGACAGCACCAAUAAGUAAUCAACUGAAGCAGGAUACAAGCAAACACUAUCACAUAUUCGUAGGUGACCUGAGUCCUGAGAUUGAGACGCAGACGUUGAGAGACGCCUUCGCCCCAUUUGGUGAAAUCUCCGACUGCAGAGUUGUGAGAGAUCCACAAACUCUCAAGUCAAAAGGAUAUGGAUUCGUGUCAUUCGUGAAGAAAGCGGAGGCGGAGAGUGCAAUUGGCGCGAUGAAUGGCCAGUGGCUUGGAAGUAGAAGCAUACGAACAAAUUGGGCAACACGAAAACCACCGCCACCAAAAUCGGAAGCAAAUGCUAAACCACUAACUUUUGACGAGGUGUACAAUCAGAGCAGUCCAACAAAUUGUACAGUUUAUUGUGGUGGUCUGACAAACGGUCUCACAGAAGAGCUGAUGCAGAAAACUUUUUCGCCGUUUGGCUCCAUUCAAGAGAUCAGAGUUUUCAAGGACAAGGGCUACGCUUUUGUAAGAUUUUCCACCAAAGAAUCAGCAACACAUGCUAUUGUUGCGGUUCAUAAUACCGAUAUAAAUGGUCAGACAGUCAAGUGCAGUUGGGGAAAAGAGAGUGGCGAUCCAAAUAACACUCAGCAGACUGGACAGGCACUUUCUUCUACAACAUAUCCAUAUUACGCUGCAGCAGCGGCUGCAGCAGCUGCUGCGGCGGCGGGUGUUGGGGGUGUUGGAAACGUUGGAGGUGUAGGGAGUACUGGUCAACUAGGUUAUUGGUAUCCACCUCAAUCAUAUCCCACAACGGCAGCAACUCCAAUGCAAACGGGAGGCUUCCUUCAGGGCAUGCAAGGAUACACUUAUGGACAAUUUCCUGGAUACCAACAAGCUCAAUAUAUGGGAAUGGGAAUGGGCGUACAUGCCGCAGGGACACCGCCUGCAUGGGGCCAAGGUUUACCUGGUGCAGGUCCCCAAUUACCACCCCAUCACGCUACGACAGUGACGGCACCCCCAGGCGCAGUGCAAGCUGCACCUCCACCUCAACCUCCACCUGCGCAAAUGAUGGCCUAUCCCAUGCAACAAUUCCAGUGUGUUCUUGGUUGCGGUCCAGCUAGCGGAUGAGGAUUGGCUGACGCCUAGUCUUCUAGUGUGAUGAGAAUCUUUAAAUAAGGAAAAAACGUAAAUCCUCUGCCAAAAUGUGUAAAUGAUUAUUUCGAUGAAUUUGAAGAGUACCUCAUCUUACCCCCCGGUUUUUUAUAUUUAGUAAUUGCUAUAUGAUUUGUGUUGUGAGGAAUAUUAAAAAUAAAAUAAAAUAAAUAUACACUGUGUUGUACUAUAUAACAAACAAUUGCGGUCGUUUCGCUGAAAAUAAAUAUCAUCGCUCCACAAAACUUUUUAAUUAAGUUACACUAUAAUUCAUUAAUUUAAUCGAAACCAGUAUUAACUAUUAUCAUUAUCUUUUUUAAAUGAUCAUACUUUGAAUAUUAUUAUCUGAUGAGUAUUGAAUUAACUCAGUUAAAAUUAUAUCAUUAAUGAUUUUUCAUUAUUUUAUGUUUCAUUCUUUACAUUUUCAUAAAAAAAUGUUCUAUUUUUUUUUAGUUUUAUUCACAUGCACGCGAUUCUCUAGAGUUAUAACAAGAAAAGCAGUAUACGGGUAUAUUUCAGGAACCCCGUUGUAGCGUGGCAUAUCGUUAUCGUUGAUGAUCCAAAUGAAAAAAAAUUACUUAGCAAAAGAAUUUGGUGCCUUUACCUGAUUCAGUGGGAUAAAAUACUUCGAGACAGUUUCAAAAAUUUUUUUCACCAUUGCAAUUCAUAAAAUAACCCAAAAAAAAAAUGAAAAUAAUUGGAACCUUUCCUCGCUAGUAGAAUGA